CCCAUCCAUCCAUCCCCAUCCAACGAGUCCCCCGCUCGCUCUCCUCGCCUCGCCUCGCCACACAACAACAAAUCCACCACCACCACUUACCUACCACCACCCUUCACCACUGGGAGCUUUUGGUUCGAUAUCAGUCGUUCCUCUCAGGCUCAGCAUUCAUAAUUCCCAUUUGCACGCCGUCCACAUUUCUACCUAUUCAUUGAAACACUCACGUUGGCCUCGCAACUAUGCCUCCAAUUCGAACCUUGGCCACCGCCAAGCAGCCCGUCAAGACCGAGCGUACCCACGAGGAGAACCAAGAGAGAGCCUAUAUCGCCGCGUCGAGGCGAAGCGACCGUAGUCUCGAGGCCCGCAUUGAGUCUGCUCGACGAGCUUCAGAGAUUCACAAGAAGCGCACUGGCCGCGCUCUGCGAGUCACUGAACAGGAUGUUGUCAAUGAAGAGAUGUACGAAGAAGAAGACGACGACCUUCCCGCCCAGUACCGACGUCUCACUGCGCACCUUCACACUCACAGCAUGGACUUCAACCGGAAGUUGCAGGCAUACCUCACUACCCACCAUGCUGGUAGGGAGACUCUUGGCUCUAUGAUGAAUUCCUUUAAUCAGCCCUACCCUAACGCGCCCGGGUUCGCGCCACAAAUGACAAUGAUGCCUCACCCGUCAUACCCACAGCCACAGAUGCUGCCUCCUCAGAUGAUCCAUCGGUCGCCUUCCUCAUACCGCACCACGCCAUACCGCCUUCCCCAGUCACAUGGCGCCAAGGUCCAUCAAAGGUCGCAGUCAUUUGCAGCACCACAAGAAUACAAUUACCAUCAAAACCCGGUCCCGAACCGUCCUAUGGGAAUGGAGGAUCGCCGCAUGUCGCUGCCAGCUCAGACAAUUCGAUCUCCGUCGGCUUCGCCCAUGGCCACGCGAUCUGAUUCUUGCCAGGCUGAUGUACCCAAAGACUCUGCACAGCCAUCCCCGCCUGCUGUUGAUGUUCAACCGAUGUAUGGAGCAGCUACUUCGUCGCCCGAAACUGCACAAAACGACUACACCUUCAACUACUCCUACGAUAUGUUUGGACCAUUUUCCAUGGAAUUACCACAAGAGACACAACAAAUGCUCGGGCCAUUCAUGGGCUCAAACGAUCCGAACAAUGCCCUGUUCUUGGGCAACGACGAAAUGUUCCCGCAGGCACCCGUCUACAGCUAUAACCCAAACCUUAAUGGGAAGCGUCUCUCGAGUCUUUCUAAUCCGUCGACUCAGGGUAUGCAUCAAACACUGUCGCUAGGCAACCCACCCAUUCCGGCUGUCGACCCUCAGCAUCUUGACUUCAACAGCCAGAUCUCUACCGAGUCUGAUGGCAUUCCUCACAACCCCGCCAUGUUUCAACCUAUGGACUGGCCUAAUUACGAGGUCGCAAAUCCUGGCUUGAGCAGGCAAAACAGCGCCCAGGGCAGCUCUGGGCUUAUCACUCCUGGUGUCGAGUGGGCCAAGUUUAUCGACGGCACCAUGUUGGACGAGCAGCUGACGAAUUCUCAAUGAUAAAAGAUGGGCAACUAUUAUUCCGCCCUUGUCGCCUGACACUCCGCUUGCCGAGCGUGGAGCUGUCACAUUCAUUAAUCGGUUUUCUUUAUUGUUAACGACUCGGUCACUUGGAGUAUUAUAUCCGGCGUUAUCGCAUG